AUGUCGUCUUUACCACAGCAUUUGACUUUGCCCAGUGCAAGUCCCACCCCAGCAUCCCCAUUCAAUCCAAGAACACAUCGCCACAAACGAUCGCAGGCCAUACUGGGAGAUUUCGGUUUAGGACUAUUCAACAUCAAUGACUCUACAUCGAUUCCACACCACACAGCAUCAUCCACAUCCAUAUACCACCAGCUGGCCCCACCACAAGGAUUAAACACUAGUGAACAUCAUCAUAAUAAUAAUAAUAAUAAUGGUGACAUUGCAGCACAGCAAACCAAUAUCCCCUCGGCGUCUCAAUCAGUACCAAAGGAAGUACCCUUUACACUAACCAGCAACACCAACACCAACACCGACACAGCUAAUAACAAGACAUCAGAAGAAGAUAAUGGGUACCUAGAUAGACAUUUCAAUUUCAACAAUAGACAAGACUUUACAAAUGACCCAACCAUAUCGAAAUACGCAUUCCCCAAGUUUGAAGACUUCCACAACAACAUUAAUAAUAACACUAAUGCAUCUCCAACGGCGACGUACACGACAAAUUUUAGGAAAAACCUUAGCUCACCCAUACAAUUAUCUAAUAAGCUCUCACAAUCAUCAUUGAGACAAAAGACAUCAUUUAAUAUGGCAACAGGCACAAACACAAACACUGGCACAAGCACAAACACAAGCGCAGUGCCCGACGCAAUCAUUGACUUGGACUAUAUCCUCUCUGCAAAUGUAAACAACCACAACCUGGACAUCGACCACGAAACAAACUUUAUGGCCAUGGAUUCAGAACCCAUCUUCAACCAAGAAAUGGACUUUUUGGGCUCUCCCGCAAUUGCCGAGGAAGAUGACUCUGAAUACACUUGCUCCUUGGCCGACGAUAUAAUGGACUUGAAUGACCUGGACGCACCAUCUUUAACGCACCAAGGUAUACAACAACAACAGCAACAACAACAGCAACUACCACCUCUCUCACCACCACGAUCAGCAAUGGCAGCAGCUUUGUCUUCUUCUUCUUCUGCACACCACCAGUUUUACUCACUGGCCAACUCUUCUGCCUCAAGUAUCAACAACAAUGGUAAUAACAAUAACCCUUCAACGUCUUUAUCAAACACACCGCUUGUUUCAACACCAACACAACAAAGGUCAGGUGCACGGGCACACAGAUACCAAAUCUUUUACGACCAAUCUAAUAGAAUAUCCAAUGCAUUAAAAGGUCCACCUUCAAUGGAAAGUAUCUCGAGACAAGAAACACCACCACUCCAAACACAUCAGCAAUUUAGAUACCACAAGAAUAACAAUAGUGGUGCUACUACCGCUACUUCUAAUACUACAGUUGCGUACAACUUGAACCAUUCAUCGAGCUUGCCCUCACUCAAGGGGAAACGAUCGUUUUCAAGUAUGAGAUAUGCCGAGUUUAAACGGAUGUCGUCGCCCAAGAGGGAAUUUAAUCGUAACGUACUGUCGAUGUCGCCAACAAAGUUUAACUUGUCGAAUGCUGGUAAUUCUAGUAAUAACUUUGGAAAUCACCUUGGAUUGCUGCAUGGAAUCCCCAGACUCAACCCAGACGGGUUUCAUAGUCCUAACCAUGCCAAACUUCAAUCACAUUAUAAUUCAGCAGUUGCAGGAGGAGCAGGAGGAACAGUAGGAGGACAAGGAAUGGGAAGCAAUCAGUAUAUGAUGUCACCUACAAAGUUUAAUCCCGAUACUUUUUUCAACCCUAGUAAUAAUAGUACUACCCACACUAUCGAUGAGUUUGAAGGCCAAUCUAAUUUGAACCCACGUACAGUACCACAAUCGUCAACACCAUCGACUUUGGGUACACAAUCUACAAUGGAGACGAGUGCCACUGAAAACAGCGUCAAGGAAAAUCGAUGCAAGGAUGAAGGACAAACCAGCGAGAACUCGAGUCCAAUUAGUAAUUGCUCAGAGACAAGCACCAAGGUGGUGAAUAAUAUUGAUACCGAGUUGGAGACAGAAGAUGAAAUAAUGAAGGAUGCACCAGAAAUCAUCAUCACUAAUGACGUUGAAAGGAAAAUGGACAAUGUCAGGCAAAAUCUUGUUUAUAAUAAAGGCAAUAUGGAGGAUGAGGGAAAUGGAGUUAACAUGUAUGGUGGCGAAGAAGAAGUAGAGCAAGAAGAAGAAGAAGAAGAAGAAGAAAACGAAUUGACUAGAGUUGAUAUAGAUGAUGCUAGUGAAGUGGAGAAUGAGGAUCAAAACCUGCUGGUGAGACUGUUGACAUUGACGAUUCCAAGGAUUAGUAUUCAUAACAAUGAAUUAGCAACAUCAUCGCCUAGUGAAUCGACAUUAUCUGGCCAUGCGUCGCCAAUAGGGAAUCACUCUGAACAUCAGCUGGUGCAAGGACAAAAAGUUGUGGAGUUAGUUCAACCAUCUCCCGUGUCUACGACUUUUUCAAGUAGUUACCAAAUUGAUACAAAGGAUGAAGUGUUUGAACCUAAACAGCCAUUAGAUAAUAAGAAUGAAGAGAGAGUGGCGAGAGCUGAAAGAAAUGAUUGUGAAAUUGUGAAAGAGAAACCCGAGCUGGACUUGAUUGCUCUUAGCAAUGCCAACGUCAAAACCUCAACCAUCCGUCCUUCAAAUGAAAUAUCACCAUUAUCAUCAUCACCAUUACCACCACCACCACCACAACCACCAACGACGACGACAACAACAUUGUCAAACAAUGUCGAUACUAAAAAAGAACUAGAUAGGUUAGAUACACAGGAGGGACUGGAGAGACCGGAAAAAGUAAAGAGACUGGAAAGAUUGGACUUUGCUCAGCCCUUGAAAUCACAGAUUCAUAGAUCGGUUUUUGAAUCAUCUUCAUCUUUAGAUAUUCUUCCACAAACCUCACUUGAGAACAAAGUGCACAUGCCAGUACUUGACUCUGCACCUUCUUCAACAUCACAUAUGCAUGCAUCAGUAUUUGAGACUUCAUCUUCUGACAUAAACUCACAAAUUUCACAUCACAGAAAAUCACCAGAACGGAGCAUUGAGUUUGUUAAGCCAGCGGUAGUGAUGGCAUCUCAUACAAACCAACCAAACACCCGCCUGCAAUCAUCAACAUCAACAACAAUAUCAUUAUCUUCAUCUUCAUCAUCAUCAUUCACGCGAACAUUCCGUAGACAAAAGCAUGGACGAAGCAAGAGUAUGAUUGAAGAUUUGAUCUCGAUCAAAAGCGAAGCUAGUGGUAAUGGCGGAGGAGGAAGAGCUACAACAUCAAGUAAAGCUGCAAGACGGAGUUCUAAGUUUUUUGAUUGGAUCAGAAAGAAAUAG